UCUUUUUACGCGUGCGUGUUUCUCGGAGGAUUACAUGUACAUCUAUAUGUAGGUAUCAAUACAUGCGUUUGUGUGUGUGUGUGUGUGUGUGUGUGUGUGUGUGUGUGUGUGUGUGUGUGUGACGGAAUCUACCCUCUGCGCACACACGCUCUCGAGUCUCCAAGAAUCCACGCGGAGGAGGACAGAAGAAGAGGAGGCGGCUGUCCACGGGCUCUCACACUGCGGAACGCGCGCGGAGCUGCCUGGAGAUCCCCCUCCCCGCCCCCAAAUAUCGGCGGGUCCUUGCACCCGCAUGCACUCUGAGCACCGCCUCCCCGCGCGCGGAGUGGACGUUUGACUCCAUCGGGAGCAGCAGCAGGAGGGAAUCGGCUCCCGAGCUCCAGGAGGUUUCGCCGCGGGUGCGCGCGGACACGACAGGUGGAUUAAUCCGAGCGGCGCGGUUCUCAUUUCUGAGCGGAGGUGCUUCUGCUGCGCGCCUGUUUUUCUCCCCACUUGGUCCCCUCGGACGGAGGCGCGAUUGAUGGAUUAAUUUGACCGGGGCGGAGGGGGGAGACUCACCCCUUGGAGGGCACCCGAAUGGAGUAACAGGCUGCAAUGUCAUCUCCACCCGGCCGCCUGGAGAGAUGUGUCACGGGAAUGGGAUCAAGUUGAAACACUUUGGCACCAGGAGGAGGAGGAAGGACGACGACGACGAGCCGGAGGAGGGGCGCGAUGGCCGGCCACGACGACGCCGACGCGCGGGUCAGGGAAGCAGCGGCGGCAGCGGCGCGCACGCUCACGGAGCCGCGAGACGAAGGCGCAAAACGCGCCUUGUGACAGCCAAGGGGACGAUGUCGGCGGUGUUGUGGAUGCUGCUCCUACUCUCGCGGUGGGUGUCUCUUGCCGCGUCCCAGAAGCCUCCUGGGCUCAGCGUGGGCGUGGUGAUGGGCCAGACCCGACUGGUCCCGGACCAGGAGCUGCGUCCCCCGCGCAGCCCCGACGAUGCCCUGGACGUAUCGGUGGUGCCCUUAAGGAUCAACCAGACCGACCCCAAGUCUGUCAUCACACAGGUAUGCGAGCUGCUAUCGCGUUCUCGCCUCCACGGCAUCGUCUUUGCCGACGGCACCGACCAGGAGGCCAUUGCACAGAUUCUCGACUUCCUGUCCGUCCAGACGCAACUUCCUGUGCUGGGCGUGCACGGAGGCUCCUCCAUGAUCAUGGCCGACAAGGAUGAGAAGUCGACGUUUUUCCAGUUUGGUGCCGCCCUGCAACAGGAGGCCCUCCUCAUGCUGGCCAUCAUGGAGGAGUACGACUGGCACGUCUUCUCCAUCGUCACCUCCAAGUUCCCCGGCUACCAGGACUUCAUCAGCACCCUCAGGGUCACCGUGGACCACAGCUUUGUGCGCUGGGACCUGCAGAGCGUGGUGACUCUGGACGCCGUGGACGGAGACCCCAACUCCAAGUCUCACAUCGCCCUCAAGAGGAUCCAGAGUCCCGUCAUCCUGCUCUACUGCUCCAAGGACGAGGCCGUCUACAUCCUGGAGGAGGCGCGCUCGUUGGGCCUGAUCGGAGCCGGUUACAUCUGGAUUGUGUCCAGUCUCACCACGGGAAACCCAGACUUCACCCCCGAGGCGUUUCCCCUGGGCAUGAUCUCGGUGUCCUACGAUGAUUGGGAGUACCCGCUGGAGACGCGGGUGCGGGACGGCGUGGGCAUCAUCUCAUCGGCAGCCACCGCCAUGCUGCGAGAGAAGGGCGAGCUGCCCGAAGCGCAGGGCAGCUGCUACAGCACGCCGUCGGACCGCAGCCCGGGCAAGCUGCCGCCCAGUGCCCUGCGCAGACACAUGAUGCACGUGUGGAACGAGGGCAGAGAUUUGUCCUUCACGCCCGACGGUUACCAGGCCAACCCCAAGCUGGUGGUCAUCGUCUUGAACAGCGAUAGAACGUGGGAGAAGAUGGGUCGCUGGGAGAACGGCACGCUGUCGUUGAUGUUCCCCGUGUGGCCGCGCUACAACUCGCACGGCGACGAGGACGCCGAUGAGAACCACCUGUCCAUCGUCACGCUGGAGGAGAAGCCCUUCGUCAUCGUGGACAACGUGGACAUCCUCACGGGGACCUGCAUGAGGAAUUCCGUGCCCUGUCGCAAACACGUCAAAGAUAACAGCACGUCGGGGGGCUCGUACAUCAAGCAGUGCUGCAAGGGCUUCUGCAUCGAUAUCCUCAAGAAGAUCGCCCGAAAUGUGAAGUUCACGUACGACCUCUACCUCGUCACCAACGGCAAGCACGGCAAGAAGAUCAACAACGUGUGGAACGGAAUGGUAGGAGAGGUGGUGUACAAGAAAGCCGCCAUGGCCGUGGGCUCUCUGACCAUCAACGAGGAGAGGUCGGAGGUCAUCGACUUCUCCGUGCCCUUCGUGGAGACGGGCAUCAGCGUCAUGGUGUCGCGCAGCAACGGCACCGUCUCGCCGUCGGCCUUCCUCGAGCCUUUCAGUGCGUCCGUUUGGGUGAUGAUGUUUGUGAUGCUGCUCAUCGUCACGGCCAUCGCCGUCUUCCUUUUCGAGUUUGUCUCUCCGCUGGGCUUCAACCGCAACUUGGCCCAAGGCAAAGACCCUCACGGUCCGUCGUUCACCAUCGGCAAGGCCGUCUGGCUGCUGUGGGGUCUGGUGUUCAACAACUCGGUGCCGGUGCAGAACCCCAAAGGCACCACCAGCAAGUUCAUCGUGUCGGUGUGGGCUUUCUUCGCCGUCAUCUUCUUGGCCUCGUACACGGCCAACCUGGCCGCCUUCAUGAUCCAGGAGGAGUUUGUGGACCAGGUCACCGGACUCUCGGACAAGAAGUUUCAGAGUCCCUACUCGUACUCGCCGCCCUUCCGCUUCGGCACGGUUCCCAACGGCAGCACGGAGCGCAACAUCCGCAAGAACUACCCGGACAUGCACCAGUACAUGACCAAGUACCAUCAGACCGGAGUGCAGGACGCCCUGGUCAGCCUCAAGACCGGCAAGCUGGACGCGUUCAUCUACGACGCGGCGGUGCUCAACUACAUGGCAGGCCGAGACGACGGCUGCAAGCUGGUGACCAUCGGCAGCGGCUACAUCUUCGCCACCACCGGCUACGGCAUCGCGCUGCAGAAGGGCUCCUACUGGAAGCGGCUGGUGGACCUGGCCAUCCUCGGCAUCAUCGGCGACGGCGAAAUGGAGGAGCUGGAGGCGCAGUGGCUGACGGGCAUCUGCCACAACGAGAAGAACGAGGUCAUGUCCAGCCAGCUGGACGUGGACAACAUGGCGGGCGUCUUCUACAUGCUGGCCACGGCCAUGGGCCUGUCCAUCCUCACCUUCGUCUCCGAGCAUCUCUUCUACUGGCGUCUGCGCUACUGCUUCACCGGCGUCUGCUCGGGACGCCCCGGCCUGCUCUUCACCAUCAGCAGGGGCAUCUGGAGCUGCAUCCACGGCGUUCACAUCGACAUGAAGAAGAAGGCGCCCGAGCUGGACUUCAGCCCCCAGGCCAACAUGCUGCACCUGCUCAAGUCGGCCAAGUCCAUCGCCAUGUCGUCGCCCAAACGCAACACGGUGCUGCUGCAGCCCAGCAUCCUCGACGUCAUGACGGGAAAAGGUAACUCGCUGCACAGCCUCACGCCGAAGGGUCCCGGUCUCUAUAGCAACGCCGGCGGGCCACAGGCCUUCCUGUCUCUGGCCGGACGCCACAAGAACCUGCUGAACAACGCGGCGCCUUUCCCGGCCCCGCAGAAGCCGCCGGCGCUCAAGGCCAGCCCCACCAACAAGCCGCAGCUCUCGGUCACCAACGACAACGGCAAGGCGCGGCCCGGCCUCGCGGGAGGCCCCGCGGGACCGCCGUCCAAGCCUCGAGCCCUUUGGAAAAAAAGCGUGGAGACCCUCAAGACUCAGCCCGGCGGGGCGGCGCCGGGCGGCGGCGGCGGCGGCAACCCCGCCUCGACCGCGGGGGUUCCCCCGGCGAUGAAGAGCCAGCGCUAUCUGCCCGAAGAGCCGCCGCCCCCGCCCCACUCGGACAUCUCGGAGUGCUCCAGCCGCCCCGCGUCCCACAAAGACUCUGACUCCGUCGUGGCCAGGGGCGGCUUCAAAUCCGUGAACCAGUUGAAGAAGCGCGGCGGCGGCCCCAAGAUCUACUCCAUCGACUCGGACCAGGCCAGCCUGCAGUCGGCGCCGCCCUACCGGCGCGACAGCCAGGGGGGCAGCGACGAGCAGCCGUACCCGCCCGACCUGUUCCCGCCCGACGGAACCUACACGCACAAGGGAGACGCGCCCAUCCUGCAGUUGAGCGCCACCUUGCUGCACCACAGCCACAGCGCCGAGGCCGACCUGCACUCCAUGAAGGACAAGAAGUACAGCACCUACACGCACAGCAGCGCCAAGGACAAGUCGAGCGGAUCCUUCGAGGCUCCCGGUUCGGCCGUGGGCUCUCAGGGCGUGCGUCCGGGCCACUGCCGGUCCUGCCUGACCAAGCUGAGCGGCUACUCGGGUCUGUACACGGUGCGGCCCCCGCAGGCCCGCUGCGACGCCUGCGCCCACCUGGGCAACCUGUACGACAUCAGCGAGGACCACCUGAACUACUCGCGCGCGACCGACAUGUUUGCCCACUUCCUGCCCCAAAGCCAGCUGGGCGUGGUGGGCGAGGGCGACGACCUGGUCAGCCACUUUGAGCCCGCCGCGCCGCGCUCGCCGUCCGCCCUGACCGCCGCCUCCUCGCCCGUGGCGCAGCGUUUGCAGCUGAGUCGCCAGCACUCGUACGAGAACGUGCUUCCGGACGCCAUCUCCCCGCUGCGGGGCCUGAGCCUCCCCGACCGGGACCGGGAGAUGGCCUCGGACGAGGGCGCCUACGCCAACGUGCUCACCAUGCGCUCCGACCGCCCCUUCAGCGGCCGCAGUCCGCCUUCGCCGUCGCCCUCCCACCACCGCAGCUUGGACGCCCCCCUUGGCCGCCCACGUCGGCGCCGGCGCCCACGCCGCCGUCCGCCGCUGUACAAGCAGCGCCCGCCGCUCUCGCUCACCCUGGCCAAUCACGGCGGCCACCACGCCAAUCACCACCUGGACCCGCAGGCGUUCUACCCUCAACAGGAGCCCCCCGUGGUGGCCUACAUGGUGCCGCCCGCCGCCGCCCAGCCCAUGAGCUACGUGACGGCGCCGCGAGCUUCCAGCGCCGGCGGCAAUCGGCCCCGCCUCUACCGACGCAUGCCCAGCAUCGAAUCUGAUGUUUGAGACUCGCCCCCCACCC